AUGAUGAUGAGAAAGGCAUACUCCGUCACCAGCUCCAGUGGCAGCAGCAGGAGGUCCUUUGCAGGGCCAGGAAGCAGCUACUCUGUCAAGAGGACCAGCUUUGGGACUGCUCCCAGUGUUGGCUCUAGUAUGUCCAUGGUUGGUUCUGGUAUGUCCAUGAUCGGUGGAAGCUCUGCUGGGUAUGAAUUUUCCUCUGGCCAACAAGCUGGCUGCUACAUCGCACCACCAAUCACUGCUGUCCAGGUGAACAAGAGCCUGCUGGCCCCUCUCAAUCUGGAGAUUGACCCCACCAUCAGUGUCGUCCGCACCCAGGAGAAGGACCAGAUCAAGACCCUCAACAACCGCUUCGCCUCCUUCAUCGACAAGGUUUGUUCGUGUGUUAUUCUUGCGUGUCUUGUCUUGAGUACACACUAAUUUAGGUCUCAGUAAAUAUCUGCAAGCUUUUUCUGGUAAUAGUUCACAUGUAGCAGCUUUACACAGUCAUUUCAUUUGACAUUGAAAACAGAUUUAAAGUUUAAACUUGAGUCUGUAGAAAAAGGAAUCAUGGGGAUAAAAUUCGGAAUAACUCUUGAGGAAACUGGUAACUUUAUCUAAAGAUAUCUUAGAUCAGAGUUCAGAGAUGGUGGCCUUUCUGCUCAUUACGCAAUCAUAAGUAGGAAUGUAGUUGCAGUGGCUUACCUGUUCCUUACCUGGUGGCCUGAAAAAACUGUGCCCAAAGCCUGUAAUGUGAAAGUCCCAGAAUAAUUGGUUGUUGCUUGUAUACACUUUAUACUUAACAGAGAGAAUGCUUUUUCAAAAUGACCUCUGACUAUCUUGCUCUUGGUGUUGUGUCUCCACAGGUCCGUUUCCUGGAGCAGCAGAACAAGAUGCUGGAGACCAAAUGGAACCUCCUGCAGGACCAGACUACCACCCGCUCCAACAUUGAGGGCAUGUUCGAGGCCUACAUCGCCAACCUGCGCAGACAGCUUGAUGGGCUCGCCAAUGAGAAGACUAAGCUGGAGGGAGAGCAAAGAAACAUGCAGAUCCUGGUUGAGGACUUCAAGAGAAAGUAAGUGCAUGGCAUGAUCACGGUUAACAAUCAAGAUAUUUACAGCUCAUGUGGUGAGCAGUUUAUAGAAUAAAGCCCAUGUACUAAGUAAGGCCUUUUUUGUGUUUUUGCAGGUAUGAAGAUGAGAUCAACAAACGUGCAUCUGCUGAGAAUGAAUUUGUCCUGAUGAAGAAGGCAUGGAUAAUUUUGUUAAACCCUAAAAAACAUUUAUGCAGUUAUAACUGUUAUAAUGCUUUGUGUUUAAACAUAAUUUUAUUUUCCAGGAUGUUGAUGCUGCCUACAUGGACAAGGUGGAGCUGGAGGCCAGAGUUGAUGCUCUUCAAGAUGAGAUCAACUUCCUCAGAGCUGUUUACGAAGCCGUAUGUAUUUCUAAUGUUUAUUUUAUCCACUGUUUAACAGUAUACUACAACUUGUCAAUAAUAUGGGUUUAAUGGUGCAACAAUUGUUUGUUCUGUAGGAACUCCGUGAGCUGCAAGGCCAGAUUAAGGACACCUCUGUCAUUGUGGAGAUGGACAACAGCCGUAACCUGGACAUGGAUUCUAUCGUGGCUGAGGUGCGCGCUCAGUAUGAAGACAUCGCCAACAAAAGCAAGGCUGAUGCAGAGUCCUGGUACAAACAGAAGGUGAGUAUAACAAUAAAGACAACCAUGCUUUAUGUCAUCAGCAUAAACAUUAAAAUCCAACCAGACUUUUAGGAUCAUGAGGUUAACGCAAUCUGUCAUGUUUUUCAAAACAGUAUGAGGAGAUGCAGAGCUCUGCUGGACAAUACGGUGAUGACCUGCGCACAACUAAAACUGAGAUUGCUGAGUUGAACCGUAUGAUUGCCCGUCUUCAGAAUGAGAUUGAUGCCGUCAAAGCACAGGUGAAUGUCAAGAAUAGACGAUGAGAGAAGUCUUUGUUGUUUAAACUGAUUUUUAGUUAUAAUUAUAAUAUCAACCUUUACAGAGAGCCAGCCUUGAGACUCAAAUUGCUGAUGCCGAGGGCCGUGGUGAGCUUGCUGUCAAGGAUGCCAAGCUCCGUAUCAAGGACCUGGAGGAUGCUCUGCAGAGAGCCAAGCAGGACAUGGCCCGCCAGGUGCGUGAAUACCAGGAACUGAUGAAUGUCAAGCUGGCCCUGGACAUUGAAAUCGCCACCUACAGGAAACUGCUGGAAGGAGAGGAGAGCAGGUCAGAUAAACUUCUGAAUUUUUGUAGUUUCAUAGUUGCAGUAUUUGUAUCAACUCUUAUAGAAGAUUAACUUUGUGUUUAUCAUCCUUUAGGUUGGCCAGUGGAGGAGCAGCUGCAACCAUCCAUGUCCAGCAGAGCUCUGGAGGUAGGAUUUAGAGUCUACACAUUAUCAUCAACAUACUGUAUCUAAUACUGAAUUAUGAGACCCCACUGACAGAUAAAGGGAUGACUGAUAACACUUACUUGUAUUUCUUUCUCCUUAGGAUUCUCCAAUGCCAGCUCCAGUGGCGGAUUUGGCUACGGUGGUGGUAUGGGCGGUUAUGGUGUUGGCGGUGGCUCUGUCACCAAGUCCUCUGUCUCAACAACAAGCAGUUCCAGGAGACUCUACUAA